UGUCGGUAGCCCUGUCAGCAAACAUAAGCAUGAGAACUUUGAGAUCGGGAAGGAAUUUGGUGAUGAACAAGGGAAGAUAGGCUACCAGCGAAACCAAAGCAACGCAAACAAGCUGACGUAAACUCUUUAACUAAGAUAUGACUGCCGAUGUCCAGUGUAUUUUUCAUUUAAAAACGCAAGCAACUAUGAAAGUAUUCUGGUGUUAUGUGUUGGCCGUAAGCAUCCUGGGAGCUGUCGGUGCCGAGUGGAAUACGAAUGACUAUAUGAAACGAGAACAUUCUUUGGUCAGACCAUACCAAGGUUCUGGAAUGACAAUACCGCAUUGGGAUUUUAUGGGCAGCACAGUGGUUACAAAUAACUAUAUAAGACUUACUCCUGACCUGCAAAGUAAGCAGGGUGCUCUGUGGAAUUCAGUGCCAUGCAAUGUGAGAAAUUGGGAAUUGCAAGUGCAUUUUAAAGUGCAUGGUAAAGGUCGUGAAUUAUUUGGAGAUGGCUUUGCAAUUUGGUAUGCCAAAGAUAGAAUGCAGACUGGCCCUGUAUUUGGAAACAAAGACUAUUUUCAAGGUCUUGCCAUAAUCCUGGACACAUACAGCAAUCAUAAUGGUCCACAUAAUCAUCAACAUCCAUACAUUUCGGCAAUGGUUAACAAUGGCACUCUCCACUACGAUCAUGAUCGUGAUGGAACUCAUACGCAACUUGAUGGUUGUGAAGCAAAGUUCCGAAACUUCGAACACGACACCCACAUUGCUAUACGAUACGAAAGAGAUACCUUAACAGUAUCAACUGAUAUCGCAAACAAGGCUGCGUGGAAGGAAUGUCUCACCGUCAAGGGUAUACAGCUUCCCACGGGAUACUACUUUGGAAUUACAGCGACGACUGGUGACCUUUCCGACAAUCAUGACAUCAUGUCGAUUCGUCUCUUCGAGUUGGACUUGCCUGAUGACCCAAAAGACGACGAAGAUCGAUCCAAUAUUUUGCCAUCUGCAGCGUUCUUUGAAUCUCCAAGAGAUCACGUAGACGAUCCAAAACCUUCGUCGUUAAGCGGCGUCAAGAUUUUCCUCCUGAUGCUCGUCGGUGCACUCGCCCUGAUCGCAUGCGUGGUUAUAGGCAUAAUGUUCUAUCAGAAACAUCAAGAAAACAGUCGAAAGCGCUUGUACUAAAGAUCCUUUGAAGUGCCGAAAUGUAAGCAAACACUGAGCUACGUUCGAAGUCAUUCCUUUCCUCGGAAUUUCUCAUCUACCAAAUGAUCCACGAUCAGCGAACGACGAAUAUAAACAUUUAGAAAAAAUUUUUUCAUUUUCCAUUUUUUGCGAGUGAAAAUUCGGUGUACAGGAAGUAUUGGUGACGUCAACACACAGUACCGAAACAACUUCACAGGUAACGAUUAUGAACUGAAAGGAUUAAGUAGUCACUGCGAGUAAUAAAUUUUAACAGUUGCCAUUUUCCGUAAGUUUCCAAUGGCACGAGGAUUCUAACUCUUUAUCAAAGUAAAUUAUCGAUAUGCGCCUUGUUUUACAGUAAAGGGAUUAUGAAUUGACGGACAACCAAAUUUAAAGCGGCAGUAUAAUUUUCAAAGUUUAGCGGAAUUUAAAAUGUUUUUUCCUUACAAAUCGUCUGUCAACUUGUAUGAAGGAAAAAGGAUACGUUAGACAGCAAUUAAAUGCUCUUUCCUACCUCAAGUAAUACUGCCAGGUCAAAACUUGUAUGCGCAUGAACUUGUUUCAUCGCACGUCGUGGUUCGUGUAUAUUUUACAUUAAUUAUGAAUAACGAAACGCAGCGAGUGUUCCGUUGAGGCGCGAUGCCAUUGUCGUGUCUGUAAGUAUCAGUGACACGACACAAGUAAAGUCAGGUGAAUACGUAUGUACUAUGUGUCUAAGUAUCUAGUGAUUUAAGAUAAUUAGCCCAAUCGGGGCGAAAGGGUGUUUGACAAGGAUGGUAGCGAUGUAAAUUUUAUACUCUUUUAGUAAAUCAAUCGAAUAACUUCAAGCAAUUCGAUUGACUUGGAAGAGGACGCUUCCUAUUUUCAUUUUUACCAUUAUUGUACCAACACGCAACUGUAUUUUGUCUUUUCUUACGCCAUCACAAUACAGAAUGCUUUAGUUAGCACCGGCUGUCAUAGUAAAAUAAUAUCAACAACAGCUAAAAAUGUUACAACCUAUAAUUCGAUCAAUUUUGUAGAUUUGAUGGAUAUCAAUAAAUUUUCUUUUUAAUUUUGCUCUUUUCAAAAUUAAUAUAGUUACGUGUAUACAUGUAAAUGUAUUGUAAAACAUUCGUGAGAUACUGUAAGAAAUUAUUAUUUGUAAAAACAUUAACCUCGAGCUAUAUUUAAAAUGCUAGAAUUGAUCUGUCAUUAUGCUGCUACCCAGGGCAGCAAAAGUGUAAAAGCAUUACACAUCGCAAACUACGGAGUUUCCGCCUAAGUGAAAUAAUAAUAAUAAUAAUAAUAAUAAUACGCUAUCGGGGCGUUUUCGUGUUUGGUUAUUGUGAGCGAACGGUUUAGAUAAAGCGGAAGAGACGUAAUAAUUAUAAAUUUUAUAUUUGUACAUAAAUAAAACAUCACUAUUGUUGAUAUUAGGUAAUCAUAAAA